AAAUCGGGUUACUGUUUCGCGAUCGUCCAUUAAGGAAUGAUUUGUUUGGACUUGAUAAUAUCCCAUAUGAAUGCGAUGAAUUACUCAAACACCGUUAACGCAGUAUCUGUUGGUUUGCAUUCCACAUUUGCGCGCAUUCCGACGCGUUCGUUUUCAGCCACCUUGCAGCUGCUAUGAUUAUUAUCGUUGACAUUACUAAUGUUCCGCCCGCGAUACGGGCACUUCCCGAACUCUUCGUAAUUAAUGUUCUGCGUGCCAUUACAGUUUAUCCACUAAUGCGUUUUGCCGAUGUGCAUUUUACGGAUAAUUUACACAAUUAUAGUCAUUUUUGCUCUUUUCGUUGUCGGUACUUUGACAGCAUAAUAUACAUGAGAAUGAGUACCGUAUGUAGCGCAGUAUAAAUAAAAGCGGACAAUAUUUUCGGGUGGUUUUCUUUUAGCAUUGUUUUGCUACGAUGAAUGAAAGUAGGUGAACCCUUCCACCAUGAUGUUGUUGUGCCUGUGAAUGGACCGAUCCUUUCCGGUUGAACGAUCGAAAUUGUGGGACCUAAUUAACGCCCGCGUGGGAUCGCCUGAAUUCUGCAGUGUCCGGUGAAGGUUUGAGGGGAUAAUCAUUCAAUAGCCUGAAGCCGACCUACUGUGCAUUAUAAAUCAAAGUGCGCGUACACCGUACAUUCACUACCCUACUUGUAGGAUUAUUUUUGUCUUGUGAUAAUAUAUCAGUGCCGACAGCUCAACAAGGAUUUAUUGGUAUUUAUCAUCAACAAAGAACCACAAUAAAUCAGUGCAGUAUCUGUUAAACUACCAUCAGUGCUUAUCUGUGCGCCAUCCGCCGUCCAAAAGCGUAAUUAUACUAGACCGCGUGCGAUGACAAAGUGCCGCUCGUGGCAAAAUUCAAAAGGAUACGAAAAUUCAAAUUCCGCCCCGUGCUCGAUUGGCAUUUUCAAUUCAUUUUGGUCUGCCGUGUCAGUUUCUUUACACAGCCGUGCGAUUUGCAACGCCAUAAAUGAGCAUGAUUUGACUGUAAAAAAAUUAUCCGCUGUCUGAAUUGUACUAGUACUCGUACUAGUACAACAGUAUUAUUCGUGGUUUUUUGAAAACAUACCGACAGAUACCGUUUGUCGUUGUUGUAACUUUUGUUUAGCCUUUUCUGGCUUUAGUUUUAUCUACUUGAUUAUUAUAAAAAAAACUGUAUUAUUGUACUGAAACAGGCAAGAGCCAUAAAAUUCGGUCUGCAGGAAAUCAUGAUUUAGAGGCUUAGCAGGAGCUGGUGUAACUUGGUAGCUUGUUAAAGUAAUGAAAGAUCAAACCAGGCAGUGUCUCCACUGCAUUUCAACAACGUCUUUUUUAUACUAGGCGCUGUUUUGAUGUUUGAUAUUCAAAUCUUUUCAUCGCAUUCGCGGAUAACCGCUUCGGGGAGUCCCCUUUUAUUCAUAACACGAAAAUAUGAAAUUCAUCAAUUGACCCGGAGAGUGGAGACACCAGACUUACGCAUACGUAGUCUAAAAUCAACAUCUAAUUGCCUCCAGAAUUUCCCUGCUGAUUAUAAAAGUCUACAGCACUAUGUACUUAUAACCUGGGAUAACACAAACUUUCUUAAAAGAAAUUCAAUAGCAACACGCAUGGCUUCUCUAGCACGGCUGAACGGUAAACUUUCUUUCGGGAUAGGAUUCGUGUUCUACACUUCUAGUACACAAGCAAGAACGAAAAUAAAUGCGGAUAAGUAAAUACGUAUAUAGUACGUAGCUGGACGUUAAAAGGAGAUGGCAAUUGCGACUGCAUUUUGGUCAUGCCAGUCAUUCCGCCCUACACUGCCCCAAGCCCCCCAAACGAAAAUGCCAAAAAUCGAAGUUUUUGGAAUCUUCAGAAUCGGUCUGCCAGAGCGGAAAUUCCGAACGCGACGAAAUUCCGAGCGCGACGAUAAUUACCAGCCAAUGGCAGCAUUCUCGGGGUGGGCAUGAAUUUUAAUUUCGGCCGUCAUUUUCAUUUUCGACUGGCAUGUUCAUCCCGCCCAAGAAGAUCGCACUGGGCACACUGUCAAACAAAAAGCAUUUGCCCUUUAAGGGAGAACGAAUAUUAGCAAGCUGUAGUUGCACCGGAAACCUACAAGCACAAUUGGGAACAAAAUAGGAGAAGGCUUUCCUAUAGGCUAUAAACUUGUACACACAUACUCCCGUAAAGCCGGUUUAUACCGUGCAUGACGAUGCGCUCAAUAGAUUCGAUCACGCAAGGCCCAACUCUUCAUCGGCUGACAGUUGAGAGACGCAUCCUUGUAAAUGUCUUGCCCGGUUUACGGCAACAAAAUGCCCGUGUAAUCUUUUAUCCUUAUGGCAUGUACGGUCAUUUCCUCCUUACGUGCAGCAGCUGUAACUAGUCGGUGUGCUGUGUUUAUCCACAUUAUAAUGAAGGCUGCAUUCCCAAUCAGUUGUACUAUAUGGUAACCGAGUGGACGCGGACGCGCCGUCAACCGUUUCCAGAAUACUAAUGCUACGGGAAUCGGCAUACAAUUGUAAGCUGUUUCGAUGUGGUUGUGUGACCGCUUUAUGACAUGGCGGGCUUUGUGCCCCCAUGGAUGAACUUGGAUCCCUUUGGAUCAGUUUAUUUUGCCUGGUUGGUGUUAAUAUCGUCCAGCGUCUGCUACAACUGGUACACCGUACCAUUACGGAUGGCGUUCGAACAAGUCCAGCACGGAUUGUGGUGGAUUCCGGAUUUUAUCUGUGAUAUUUUCUACAUAAUGGAUAUCGGCGUGCAUUUUCUAAUGAUUACCCCAUAUUCUGGGAUCAUUGAACAAGACCUCCACCGCUCCCGACAGUUGUAUAUGAAAUCUGUGGUGUUUGUAUUGGAUGUCGUCAGUAUCGUGCCAACUGACUUUGCUUAUUUUUUCCACACUCGUCAAGGAGGAAAUUGGGCAUGGCGGCUCAAUCGUUGCCUUAAAGUUCACCGCGUCUUUGAAUGUAUCGAACGUAUGACCAGUCAUUCUUCCUUUCCCAUGGCCUUCCGACUGGGUCGGAUUCUUUUCUACCUUUUGGUUCUAAUUCAUUUAACCGGCUGUGCGUAUUACUCCCUUAAUGUGUACAUUGGAUUUGGGUAUGACGGAUGGACGAUCGAAAAUUACGGUAAUUCCAGCGAAGGACAAUUUGUUAAUUUGUACGUGCGUUGUUUGCACUGGGCUACUGUGAUUCUGGCUGACGAAGGGGAUAAUUCUAAAGCCUCACUUGUCAUCGAAUUGUUGUUCCGCUGCUACUUCACUCUCAAAGGUCAUAUACUGGUUGGUACCAUUAUCGCUAUCGUGGCCUCCAUAUUCGGAAACAAUCGGCGCAAACUAACGCGUUUUCGUCAGCAACUGGAUGGAAUUAAGACAUACAUGGCAUUCCGACAUGUUGAUGAAGAGAUGCAGGACCGCGUGUUAAAAUGGGCCACCUUCAUGUGGGAAGAGAGAAAAUUUCAGAACAGCGAAAAUGAUCUGGAGAUCUUACCGGUGCCGCUGCGGAGGAGCAUUGCCAAAGCGGCACAAAUGGACACGUUUCAGAGAGUGCAGUUGUUUGUCGACUGUGAGCCUCAGUUUUUGGAAGAACUGAUUAUGCGCUUGGAGCUACAAGUGUUUUCUCCUGGUGAUCUUAUCUGCCGGAAAGGAGACGUUGGGAAAGAAAUGUACAUCGUGCGCAGUGGGACGUUACAGGUGGUAUCGGAGCAGGGCGAAGUCUUCGCUAAUCUGGCCCAGGGCAGCGUUUUCGGAGAGAUUAGCUUAUUAAGUAUUUUCACCAAACACGAGAAUCGUCGAACUGCCAACGUCCAAAGUUUUUCUUACUCCGAACUCUUCAGUUUAUCCAGUGGAGACUUUAAGGAGGUUCUGGAGAGUUUCCCUGUAGCCCGGGAAAAGAUGAUCGCCAAAAGCAGAGAGCUACUGAAAGAUCGCACGCUGUCGGAAGUGGUACAUACAAAUGCCGAUGAAGACACGGAUUUGAGCUAUAAAAUCGAAAGACUGCAGAAUCUAUCCCAAGAGACGGUCCUUUUGAUUGAAUCGUUUACCAAGACAAUUAUAACCGAUACGGUCAAACUCAAAAAACGCCUGGCUGCUCUGGAGGCGCUGGCAUCCAACCGGGAGCGACCACAUCCGACAAGGACAAAAGCCAAAUUAGCCUUUGCUCAAACUCCUGUUUAGCCCUUUUGCACUGACUUAUAAGCUACCACAAUGUCUUUGUAUAUCUUCCUUGCCGGUGGCGCCUUUUCUCCAUGUUGAUACAUCAAUAGACAUGCCUGAUCAAUAGCCUUUUGGGAAUUUUGUUGUUGCUUUGAUUUGCGUAGCGUUUGUUAAACUUGAUGAAAAAUAU